UAAAAUCUGUUUAAAACUUGUUGUUUGUCAAACUUUGUUGUUCUUUGCUAAAAUUUUUGUUGUGCUUUCGUUCGCCCGAAAGUUUGUCAAAUUUUGCUUAAAAACGUUCAAUUAAAGCCGGAACGAACGCGGAUUGUGAUUUUUUUGCGACAACGUCUGUAAUUUUUGUUGAAAUGUCUCUGAAUUGCGCAAUUUCCAAUGAGGUUCCGGAGCACCCGGUUAUCUCUCCAAUUAGUGGAUGUGUCUUUGAAAGGCGUCUGAUUGAAAAGUAUGUGAAUGAAACUGGGUUGGAUCCGGUCAAUGGUGAGAAACUAAGCAUUGAUCAGUUAAUCAGCAUCAAAGCACCUCCACUGGUGAAGCCGAGACCACCGACUGCCACUAGCAUUCCCGCCAUUUUAAAAAUGUUCCAAGACGAAUGGGAUGCAGUCAUGCUGCACAACUUCACAUUAAAGCAGCAACUACAAACAGCAAGACAAGAACUCUCACAUUCGUUGUACCAGCACGAUGCAGCUUGUCGUGUCAUCGCUCGACUCACCAAAGAAGUCACAGCAGCUCGUGAAGCUCUGGCCACUUUGAAGCCUCAUACGACAGCUGCAAUGAUGCCGGUUGCUGGUGGCCAACCACAAAUGCAACAAGUACAGGCACCGGCACAGGAGAACAACCAGAUGAUGGUGGUGGAUGAGGCAGUUGAGGUAGCCGAGAUCACAGAGGAUAUCAUUCAGAAGCUGCAAGACAAGGCAACCCUGUUGACCGCGGAACGUAAGAAGAGGGGCAAGACGAUUCCCGAAGGACUGGCCACUCCAGAGGACAUUCAGAAGUACAACGUCAUCGGCUCCCAAGCUGGAUUGCACAGUGCCAGUAUGCCAGGUAUCCUUGCAUUGGAUAUCUGCUUGAGAGAUUCAUCGAAAAUUGUCACUGGUGGUGUGGACAAAAAUGCCGCCAUCUUCAAUAAGGACAGUGGAGCGCAGGUCGCCACACUUCAAGGUCACACGAAGAAAGUCACCAAUGUCAUUUACCAUCCGGUUGAGGAUCUGGUCUUCACGGGUUCCCAGGAUCAGACGAUCAGGGUGUGGGGAGUACAGAGGAGCUCUCCAUGUGCUCACGUGAUCCGUCCCCACGACGGCCCUAUUACGGGCCUCAGUCUGCACGCUACAGGCGACUACCUGCUCAGUUGUUCGUCUGAUGGUGCGUGGGCAUUCUCUGACAUCAGGGUGGGCAGGGUGCUGGCCAAGGUUGUCGAUCCAGCUUCCAACCAGACUGCACUGACAUGUGCCAAGUUCCACCCCGAUGGAUUGAUUCUGGGCACUGGAUUGGAGGACUCCCUAGUCAAAAUCUGGGACCUCAAAGAGAAGACCAACGUGGCCAGCUUCUCUGGUCACCAAGGACCAAUCACUGCACUGGCCUUCUCAGAGAAUGGGUACUACCUGGCCACAGCAGCUGAUGACGCUGUGGUGAAGCUGUGGGAUCUGAGGAAGCUGAAGAACUUCAAGAACAUUGCACUGGAGGAUAAAUAUGAGGUGAAGUCAUUAAAUUUUGACCAGAGUGGAACGUACCUGGCUGUGGCAGGGACCGAUGUCAGAGUCUACCUAUGCAAGCAGUGGUUGGAACUGGUGGCGUUCAACAAGCACACAGCGAUGGCCACUGGCGUCUGCUUCGGCAACAACGCUUCGUUCAUCGCGUCCGUCAGUAUGGACAGGACGCUCAAGUUGUACGGAUUGGAUUAAAAGUUGAUGCGGUUCAUGUAGACGUGGUUGACUGGAUUAUUGGUUGCUUUGACUGAAUGAUUGAUUGUUCCGAUUGAAUGAUUGGUUGUUGUGAUUGAGUGAUUGGUUGUUGUAACUGAUUGAAUGAUUGGUCGUUGUGGCUGAAUGAUUGAUUGUUGUGACUGAUUGAAUGAUUGGUUGUUGUGACUGAAUGAUUGAAUAGUUGUGGCGGUCGAAUGAUUAAGAUUUAAGUGGUUUUUUAUUGUAAAUGUUUUAUUGAAUGCCUUAACAGUGAUUUCAUUUACUUGUGUGAAGUCAACUUAUUGAUUGGUUCAAGUAGAUAAUGUAAUAGGUGCGGUGGGUGCAGCAUGUAUGAUUGAUAACUCACACGUGUGAUUGUUUCACAUCGCUGUUCGUUCGGUUGAAAAUUUAUCUGUUCAUCGAUUGACUGAUUUUUAUUAACGAAACUUUUUCCAUUUAUAUAAUUUUUCUGGAAUAAAAUAAAUCUACAAACUGAAAAUCUGUUGAACGUGCGUAGAAUUAUAGAUCAGUAAAAAUGUGAAUAUUUUUGUACUCUCUUCUUAUAGAAACACAAUAGUCUCCCAACAUUACUGACUAUGAUUUCUCAUUUGAUUUGAUUUAAAAUAAUUUAAAAACAACUAAAUAAAAAUUUCAUUAAA